UUUGCAUGAGCGACAGUCUGUGAAGGGAGUUCAGUUGUUUCAUGUGGAAUAGAAAAAUUUGUGGGAGCAACAUCUGUGAAGGAAGUUUAGUUUCUUCAUGUGGAAUAGAAGGAUUUGCAGGAGCGACAGUAACUAGGGGGUUUAUGGGAGCGACGAUAACAAGUUUGCGGGAGCGACAAUCUGUGAAAGUUUAGUUUCUUCAUGGGGAAUAUAAGACUUUGCGGGAGCGACAGUCUUAAAGGGGCUUGCAGGAUCAUCAAUAAAAAAGAAAUCUGCAGGAACGAGAAUGUGUGAAGGGAAUUUCUCGCCUAUGGAUUGUUUCAUUGUGGAGUGGAGUGGAGGGGUUUGCUCCAGGAGCGACAUCUGGCGGCGGAGCGGGACGCCUGCGCCGCAGCUCCCCAAUACCAGUGUUUACACCGGGAGGCACCGCCAUUGCCAGCGUGCAGGUAUAAUACACCCUCACGUCACUGACACACACGGCGUAAUCCCUUGGUGAAUGUGUAUAUAGAACAACCAGUAAAAUGUUGGCCUAUGCGAAGAGUGUAAAGGACGAGGAUUACAACCCUGAAGGUGAAGGAGAAGGAGGAGAUGAGGAUUUUGAUAUUAAGGGUAUGCUGGAGAUGAUGCCGCCGCCACAGCCUCCACAGACAGCAGAGAAUUUUCAUGUGGGAGAUGACAUGAGGGCAUUGAAACUCAUAUACCAACUAUCAAAAAAGCGGACUCGCAGAAAGAAGCAAAAGACAGGCCCUGAUUCAAGUGUGCAAAAGGCAGACUGUGAUUCAAGUACACAGAAGCUGCUCCCUGAUUCAAGAAAUGGAGAAAUUGGACGGCAGAAUGGCCUUGGUACGCGGGAGGGGAGUGCUGGUGGGAUGUCCAAAGAAGAGAAUGGAGAAAGUGGCCAGACACACUCCCUCAAGCGUAGCUCUUCCCAUGACGUUGAAAUGGGUGCAGAUCAAAUUGAAAUGGCAGCUAAACGACGAAAAACUGGACCACCUCAACCAAAGAACCCCAUCAGUACGCUGAAUGAGCUACGACCUGGCUUGGUGUACAAAACCCUGGCCAUGGACGGGCCAUCCCAUGCUCCAGUCUUUACUGUAUCUGUAGAGCUCAACGGACAGGUUUAUCAAGGCACUGGUCGCAGCAAGAAGCAAGCCAAACAUGCAGCAGCAGAGGCCACGUUAAGGUCUUUCCUGCAGUUCCGUAAUGCCUCUGAUGCAGCUGAAGCCUUGGGCACCAACAUCACCUCGCCCCAAGACUUCACCAGUGAUGUCUCAGAGGCUGGGUUUGGUUCAGACUCGACUCCGACAAAAUCGGCAGCAGCUGCUGGUGCAGACUCUAGCAACAGAGUGGCCAGCACUACUGCUCCCCAUGUGACAUCAAUCCCACCUGGACCAUCGCAAACUUCCAAGAAUCCCAUUAUGCUUUUGAAUGAAUUACGACAAGGUGUUGAGUACACUUGACAAGAGUCUGGGGAACCUCAUGCAAAGACCUUCACCUUCCAAGUCACUGUGGAUGGACAGCUUUUUGAGGGGACAGGUAACAGUAAAAAGUUUGCCAAAGCUGCAGCUGCACGCCAAGCCCUGAGCAAGCUGUAUGGCUUGAUUGCCACACCACCAUCUGCUGUUCUACACCACACGCCUAUUUCCAACAUGCCCAACAUUCACAUGCCCCAGACACUUGCCGACAAAAUUGCAAAAUUAGUUUGUGAGAAGUUUGCUGAACUAACAGCUGGUAAUCCAACCCUUGCCAAACGAAAAGUGCUUGCAGGUAUUGUCAUGACAAAUGAAAAUGACUUGGAAGACAUGAAGGUUAUCAGUGUGGCAACAGGAACAAAGUGCAUCAAUGGUGAACAUCUGAGUCUUCAGGGACAGUGCAUCAAUGACUGUCAUGCUGAGAUCAUGGCACGCAGGUGCCUCCUCCACUUCCUUUAUAGUCAGCUGGAGAAACUGGUGCAGUGGAGAAAGAAUGGAGGACACUUGAACACAAUCUUUGAAGAGCUUGAAAAUCAGAAAGGGUUUAGAAUCCAGCCACAAUACAAGUUCCACCUUUACAUCAACACUGCCCCAUGUGGUGAUGCAAGAAUUUUUGCUCCACAUGAAGAGGAAGCUGACCGCACAGACAGGCAUCCCAACAGGCAGAGUCGUGGGUUGUUGCGAACCAAAAUAGAGUCAGGAGAAGGAACAAUUCCAAUUAAGGCUGGAGCAGAUAACAUCCAGACCUGGGAUGGAGUACUGCAAGGGGAACGCCUUCGCACAAUGUCCUGUUCAGACAAGAUAGCCAAAUGGAAUGUCGUGGGUCUGCAGGGAGCACUCCUGUCACACUUCCUCGAACCUGUCUACCUUGAAUCUAUUGUUUUAGGUUCAUUAUUUAGUGCUAUUCACAUGUAUAGAGCUGUUUCUGGAAGAAUAGAACAGACUGUGCAAGGUCUACCAUCUCCAUUCAGAUUAAAUCAACCAAAGAUGAACCAAGGAAGCUCAACAGAGUCUCGACAGCCCCAGAAGGCCCCCACUAUAUCUGUUAAUUGGGACUGUGAGGGAGAUAGUUUAGAAGUUCUCAAUGCCAUGACUGGUCGUCAGGAAGGAGAAAACUACUCGAGACUGUGUAAAAGGAAGUUGUUGACGAGAUUCUGUGAACUGUUAGAUCAUCUUCCAACUGUAACAGAAGUGGAUGCUGGAGCUGUCAAGUGUCUUUCAUAUGGUGAAAUUAAGGCAUUGGCUGCAGACUAUCAAACAAGUAAGAGGGCAGUUGAAACAGCCUUUGCUCGUGCUGGCCUAGGACAGUGGAUUAGCAAACCAAUGGAAGAGGAUAGUUUCUAUAUGUAA